UUCUAAAGAAUACAAACAUUGUAACUAUCUCACUGAAAUAAUCAAAGCCUAGCCACUUCUACUUUACUUUGUGGGUGCAAUCCAUCACAAAGUAAGCCCAAUUACAAGUUGUUCUCCUUUCCAUCGUUUCAUAAAAUAUGAGUUCACUAAACCUUCCGCAAUUUCAAUUCAAAGCUCCACUUUGCACUACAGAAAUAUCCUUCUACCUUUUCAAGUCUUCAAAUAAUAAUUUAAUAUUUGUUCAUUUCAAUGGUUAAAAUUCUCUUAGUGUUGGGAAGUUAUGAAGUUUGAACACUCUGAAGUAAAAAGUCAUAAGUCGUUCACUUGAUUCUCCACCGCGGAUCGAAUCUUUAUCACUUAUAGUCACCAUUGUAGAAGCUUUGGUUUAUGCUUAGAUAAAAAAAUAUUAUUCGUCAUAUUUUACAAGAAAAUACAUACACGUCGUUAAGUACAUUAACUUUAAAAUACAUGUGAGCAAAUAAUGAAGUUUUCUUAAUUGAUUUGGAUGUUAGAUUCGAGUUAGCAAAAGCUUCUGAAGAAUAUUUGGAUUUACAUAAGAAUUAUUGGUGAUUUCUUUAGAGAAAAGUAUCAACAAUUUAUCAUUAGUGCUUCUAGGAUAAGCAAAAGCUUUGAACCAUUGAAACAUAAGUUAUCCUUCACUCGCAUGUUUAUAACAACAUAAACAAAAGUAUAAAGUAGUUUUGAAAUGUAAAUUCAAAAGGAUUUGACCAAUUGGCCAGGUGCAACGUUAGGAUAUGUGACAAUGAGUUUAAAUGUUCUGAAAUGAGACCUCGUGCCGAGACACAUUUUAAGGAAAGCAUUCAUAAAUUAAUAUUAGAGAAUUAUGUAUGUUACGUUUAAGUUAACAAUUAGGUAGUGAAGUUUUACGCCAAAGACUAAUAUUUGUUGGCCUAUGAUAAGUGUCAAAAUAAACCUAAAAUGUUGUCAUAACUAUUCGACUGCCCCCGAUAAAGAAGGCCUUCCUCAUGUUCUGGCCUUUCAAACCGCGUAGAGGCCAAUAUUCAUCGUCGUUUGGUGCAACAUUAUAACGUUUUUAUGAAUACCAUUAAUACAUAUAUCCAACAAUCGAGAUCGUGAGAUAACAUGGACGCCACGCCUACUAAUGUUUACAUUUAUGAGCAAGAUAAUGAAAUUCAUCAGACCAACUAGUCGGAUAAAAAAACGCCAUAUUCCAUCGUGAGUACGGAUCAUUCUAUUGAUGCUCAUUUAAAAGAACUUGAUGAAUUUGUUGGGUUGUUGGACGUACUAUUUUAAAAUAACGUGUCAUCAGCUGUCGAAUCUACAUUUCUAACGAUGAAAUGUCAUAACUCUUAUAAAUGACUCAAACAGAUCGAGUAAGACAAACGUAAACAAUUCCGAUUUUUUCAUAUUAUACGUUAUUGUUAUUAUACCAAGUAAUACCCGACCAAACGGUCGGUCACGAUGCUACUAUAGUGAGCUCUUGGUGUGGAAGUAAUGAACUGGUUUUGAGAAUGACAUUCUUAAUUUCAUAAACAGACUAUUUAUGAUCAAAAUGGACAAAGUAAAUCAGUCCAAACAAAGCUUUAAAAGAUAUUUAUUGCAUUACCUGUUUUAUGCGAAAGAUGCCACUCUAUGAAAGACAGAUACGGCUCCAAUCCUACCAGUGUGCUUAUUGGUCUGCUUCGUCCAAAAUGAGUGUCUGCCAGUGCCAGAGGUUGCUGUUCGACAUUUACUAUGAAUCUGAUGUAAACUCCAACGGACGAGUCAAUUCUCUAUCUUCACAACGUGCUGGCAUAAAACUGCAGCAUAUCCUGCGUGCUAUAGGAUCUUCUGACUCCGACAGCCAACUCAUUUUCGAUUCUUUAGCAGGAAGGAAUCUACCGUCCACUUCCUCGUCAUGUAGUCGCAGUCGGAGGCAAUAUGCUUAUGCUGGAAUGGUUGGAGCUGAGGUUGACGUAGAUCAUUGUGCGCAAUCCAAUGACGAGUAUGUUCUCGUAGCUGACCUGUGAGCACGAUAGCCGGGUUGUCUUCGUUGAUAGCAAUGAUCGGUGUAACGGCAAAAGCACUCUACUAACUCAUGGCCACAAUCAUGGUUUACAUCGUAUGUAGGAUACAAGACUUGGCAUCUGUUUGAAGGACAAGGAACCCUUCAUCUUCAAGUCUCUGCUUUUAUAGAGAAAGGAAGGAGCCAAUUUGGGAGACAACCAUAGAUUAUUUCUCUCCGUAGACCCUCUCGCAUGGAUACAGCUAAGUACGAUGGUGGUUGAGAUGAAGUCUCGAUGGACAUUCGACUCUCACAAAUGAUCGUGUUAGUCCAUCACAACUUCGAAGCAAACAUGCUAUGGUGGCUAACGAUUCCACCAACACGAACCAUAAAUAAGGAAUCCCGCU